AAAUUGAUAAUCAGUAAGAUAACCAACUUCAUUUAUCACACUCAUCAUUCAUUUCUCAGGCCCUCUAAUGAAGAGGGAGGCUCCCCAACAAGGCGUGGUUCGGACUUAUCCAGUCCACCUAUCUCCUUGGAACCCGAAACCCAAAACCCGAAGUGUACAGACACUCGAUUCCCUCCCGGUUUCUGGAUCGUUUUCCACGGUGACACCAAAGGCCAGCAACCAUUCCAAGUUUAGUGGAAAAUGUGGGAGGUUACAUUGUGUUGAGUGUCAUUUGAAUCCGGUAAGUAAGUCCAAGGACAAGUCAAAGGGUACUCAAAAGUUUAGGACAUGUAAUUUGGCCGGUUUCAAAUUUUCCGGGUUUUCUGCCACUGGAGUUUUGGAAUAUUUGUAUAGUUUUAAUGAUGAUGAUGAUGAUGAUGAGAUUGGUAAUCAUGUCAAUGAUCAUGAUUAUGUCUAUGAGGAUGUUGGUACAUGCGUUCUUAACGAUAACGACGACAAUGAUGAUUUUCUGGCUAAGUUUUGGUCUCUGCAUGACAAGCAGAACGAUGACGACGACGACGACGAUACGAGUUAUUGUGAUGUGGAUUUCAUGCUAGACAUUGAGGAAGAUGAAGGGUGGUGUUUAUUGAGAGAACUGUGAUUGGCAGACUCAAUCUUUCCAUGUAUUGCCUUUUGUUUGUAUUUAGCCUUUUUUCUAAAUAAAACAAUGCUCUAUUAAAUACCCAAACAAAA